CAGCUCCCACCCAGCUUCCCAGGGACAUCAGUGUCACUGGGACAGUUCAGGACACGGGUAGGUAGUCUGCGCGCACAACAGCGCCAGCUCAGGACAUGGGCAUGGACAGUUCAGGACACGGGUGGUCGGUGCACACAGCGGGGACAGUUCAGAACACGGGGGGGUCGGUGCACACAGCGGGGACAGUUCAGAACACGGGGGGUUGGUGCACACAGUGGGGACAGUUCAGGACACUCACGGUAAGCAGCUUGCAGUCCCUCAGUGGCAGGAGGGCUCCAGACAGGGACGACCAGUGGUCAGCAUUUCAGGGACAACCAGCGAUCAGCAGAAGCUCCCCGGGCACUCAGCAGUGGACGGCUUCCAGGGACAUGCAGCCACGGACAGUGUGCAGGGUCCCUCAGCAGCAGCUCCCCGGGCACUCAGCAGCAGACAGGCUCCAGGGACACGCAGACAUGGACAGUGUGCAGGGUCCCUCAGUGGCAGCUCCCAGGGCACUCAGCAGUGGACAG